CGAACAUAAUCUUCAGCCUCUACUCUUUCAGCCUCUACUCGAACAAGUGCAGGUAGUCAGAGGAUUUCCAUGCAAUUGCGCACAUCAUCGCAAGAGUGAACCCCAGUCACUCCUCCAUCGACUCUGCCAUCCACCAUCCCACUAGAGUGCCGAUAGUACUCCGUAUACCUCCACUGAUCACGCUCGCCCCCAAAAUAAACCAAAUCUCACCACCACCACCACCACCACCACCACCACCUGCAGACAAACUACCCACAAAGCCCGACACAAUGACCAUCGCCAUCAGCCCCUCCAAUGAUGCCGGCAACCCCACUCCAACAAACCUAACACGAUGGUACAUCGACACGCGCCCACUAACAGCCACCAACGACCCCGCCAACCUCCCCCUCCUGGCCACCCUGCAACCGGAGGACCAAACCGCCAUCCUGCGCUACUACCACCUGAAAGACAAGCACAUGUCGCUGGCCUCCAACCUCCUCAAAUACCUCUUCAUCCACCGCAGCUGCCGCAUCCCCUGGGACAAGAUCACGCUCAGCCGCACGGCCGCCCCGCACCGCCGGCCCUGCUUUAUCCCCAGCCCCGCUCUCCUCGCCGAGUAUGGUAGUAGCAACAACAAGAAGAAGAUCCUCCCUAGCGUUGAAUUCAACGUGAGCCACCAAGCCUCCCUCGUUGCGCUGGCGGGGACGACCCUCCCUCUGUCAAAUCCCAAUCCCAAUCCCAAUCCCAAUCCCAAAGCCACGGCCACAGCUACUACAGACAACAACAACAACAACAACAACAACCCACGAGAAACAAUCCCACAGGUCGGAAUAGACAUAACCUGCACCAACGAGCGGCAACCCUCGGCCCGCAACGCCGCUCAGGACGACGACCCAGUCAGAACCUUCAACGACUAUGUGGACAUCUUCGCCGAGGUAUUCUCGCCGGACGAGAUCGCCGCCAUCAAGAAUCUGCAUCUGCGGCACACAUCGUCCGUCGUCAAUGAGGCAGCAGGAGGAGGAGGAGCAGCAGCAGCAGCAGCAAGCCGGGAGAUCGAGUACCGGUACCGGGGGUUCUACGCGUACUGGGCGCUCAAGGAGGCAUAUAUCAAAAUGACCGGGGAGGCGCUGCUGGCGCCGUGGCUUCGGCAGUUGGAGUUUGCGGAGGUGGUCCCGCCGGAGCCGCUGCUGCAGGAUCAGGGCCCGGGUCAGGCGCGGGUAGGAGAGCCGUUCACCGGGGUGCGGACGACAUUGAACAAGAAACCGGUGGAGGAUGUGAGGUUGGAGAUCGUGGCAUUCGAGACAAAUUAUUUGAUUGCGACAGCGGCCAGAGGGGCAGGCAUUGGGGCGAGGAGCGACACGGGCGCUCAAGAUACGUGGGAGCCGUUGCGGGAAAUCGAUAUUGAACGAGACAUCCAGCCUUGUGCGGAAGGGAGGUGUCGCUGUCUGGACUGAAUUCGGUCGUGAGACAUGACAUUACAGUCGAAAGUACUAUACCAGGCAACCUCAACCAGAGAGCGGUAAUAAUUCUAUAUACACUCUAGAAGGAAAGGUCUCAGUCUAUGAAUACAAAGUGCCUGGAAUACCACUCAGUUCUAGGAGUCCUCUACCCCCUGAAUGCGUGGCGUCCUUCUUCUGCCUUAGCCAACCAUUUCCGUCAAUCGUCCUUUCCCCCCAAGGUUAGGUUCCAAGAGGCCUUUCAGAAAAGCGAAAGCGGCAUUGCUCCGACACAAGAAUAAAGAUCAAUGGCAAGAGACAGAGGAUAUGAUAUUGACGCGUGAGACGGUGAGGAU